GGGCGGCGGCGCGCUGGCAGCGGCUCAGAGAGCGCGGGUCACUUGGGGUCCAGCCUCCGGAGUCGGGCAGGGCCCCGGGAGAGCCCCGGGCAGAGGAGGCCCCCGGGGAGCAGCGGCCGGUGGACAGCUGGGAGCCUGGCUGGGAGGUGGCAAGCAGAAGGAAGGCAGCCAGGACGCCUCCCAAGGUUGGACCGGACCUUCCGAAGCAGCAGCAGCAGCGCCCUCCAGAGGUGCAGUGUGACCCAGUGUGACCGUCCUGGGAGCUGAGGGGCCCGGACCGCAAGGUUCUGGGACAACCCGAAGGAAUCGGAAUUGACAGAGCUGAUGGCUACUCCAGAGGGGACCGUGGCCUCUGCUGCCGAGAGAUGUGGCCGGGGACAGAAGGGGAGCAGGGCUCGCCCGGAGCUCCCGGACAACCCGGAGUUGAAGGACCCCGAGGUGCUGGCCAUGCUGAAGAAGGCGCAGGAAUUCUUCCAGACCUGUGACGCCGAGAGCAAAGGCUUCAUCGCCAGGACGGACAUGCAGAGGCUGCACCAGGAGUUGCCCCUCAGCCUGGCGGAGCUGGAGGACGUAUUUGACGCCCUGGAUGCUGAUGGCAACGGCUUCCUCACCCCAGACGAGUUCACCAGCGGGUUUAGUCGAUUCUUCUUCGGCCAGAACCAGCCGCGUGCGGACGAGGGCGGCCCAGGGAGACAGGUGGUCCCGCUGCAGGAGGAGAAGGUAUACCAGGCGCAAGGGGAAGAGGAGCUGGGCCAGGCGGACGGAGACGAGGAGACGCAGUUUCAAACACUCCUGGGCAGACUCGGAGCCGAGAAGGUUCUGGAAGACGAGAGCGACGUGAAGCAGCUGUGGCUGCAGCUGAGGAAGGACGAGCCCCACCUCCUGUCCAGCUUUGAGGACGUCCUGGCCCGAAUCUUCACACAGCUCCAAGAAGCCCAGGACGAGAAGACAGAGCUGGAGUCCGCCCUGAAAAAGAAAAUCGCCGCGUACGAUGAGGAGAUGCGGCACCUGUACGAGGAGAUGGAGCAGCAGAUCAAGAGCGAGAAGGAGCAGUUCCUCCUCAAGGACACGGAGCGCUUCCAGGCACGCAGCCGGGAGCUGGAGCGGAAGCUGCAGGCCAAGGAGCAGGAGCUGGAGGGGCUGCAGCAGAAGCAGAAGCAGCUGGAAGGCCAGUACAGCGCCCUGCACAGCGACAAGGACGCCACCAAGGCCGAGAACGCCAAGCUGAAGCUCAGCAACCAGGAGCUGGCCCGGGAGCUGGACCGGGCCUCGCGAGAGCUCCAGGACGCCCAGCAGCAGCUGGGAAGCCUGCAGCAGGAGGCCCGGCAGCUGCAGCAGGAGAAGGAGAUGGAAGUGUACCGUGUGACGGAGAGUCUGCAGCGCGAGAAGUCGGGGCUCCUGAAGCAGCUGGACUUCCUGAGGGAGAGGAACAAGCACCUUCGAGAUGAACGGGACAUACGUUUCCAGAGAGAUACGGCAGCCAAAGCAAACACGGCCGCUGCCAAGGCGAGCUGGAAGCAGCGAUCGGGCUCUGUGAUCGGCAAAUACAUCGACAGCAAAGGGGUUCUCCGAAGCCAGUCCGAGGAGGAGGAAGAUGUGUUUGGUGUCCCGAGGAGGAGAAGCUCGCUGGGCCUGAGUGGAGAGCCCCUCCCGGAAGAGGACCCAGAAGCCAGGGACCCUGGGCCCCCGGGCCCACACCCCCGGAGGCUCCAAAGAAUCAUCUCCAUCGAGGAAGACGCCCACCCCCAGCUCCUGGAGAGGGGCUUUGAGCAGCGGCUGAGCAAAUGCACAGAGGAGAACGGCGUGUCCCCCCCGGAGGAGGAUGGCCCACCAGAGCAAGCCCCGGCUGGGGGGCCCACGCCCACGUGCCCCCGGGAGCAGCCUGUUGGAAAGGAAGCAUGGUCGAAGCAGGAGGACGCCCCCUCCUCCCCGGACCGGCUCUUCAAGAUCGUGCUCGUGGGGAACUCGUCGGUGGGGAAGACGUCCUUCCUGCGGAGGUUCUGCGAGGACCGCUUCUCCCCGGGCAUGGCGGCCACUGUGGGCAUCGAUUACCGGGUGAAGACAGUGACCGUGGACAACUCACGGGUGGCCCUGCAGCUGUGGGAUACAGCGGGGCAGGAGAGGUACCGAUGCAUCACGCAGCAGUUUUUCCGGAAGGCGGACGGCGUCAUCGUCAUGUACGACCUGACGGCGCGGCAGUCCUUCCUGUCCGUGCGGCAGUGGCUGAGCACCGUGGAGGAAGCCGUGGGAGAUCACCUUCCUGUGCUUCUGCUGGGCAACAAAAUCGACAUCGAGAAAGAGCGAGAAGUCCCCCGCGGCCUGGGCGAGCAGCUGGCCAAGGAGAACAACCUGAUCUUCUAUGAAUGCAGUGCCUACUCGGGCCACAACACCAAAGAGUCUCUGAUGCACCUCGCCAGGAUCCUCAAAGAGCAGGAAGACUCAGUGAAGGAGGACACGGUCCAGGUGAGCCAGCCUGCCAAGAAGAAGUCCUGCUGUGGCUGACGUCCCGCCCCCCUAGCCGUGCCCCCGGCCCCCCAAAGCCAGCAGCUGCCACCACACCGGCUACACCUCGGGCUUGGCUGCAGCUCGCCUCCCACGGGGGCCGCCACAGCACCGGAGCCCGGGUGCCCUUUGUCUGUUUGUUGUCUCCGCUGGUUUCCUGGGGAGCCAGGCGGGGGGCACGGAAAGGCAGAGGGACUUUUCCAGAAGAGCGGCCGAGUGCCUUCUCCCACUUCCAUCCUCUCCCCUCCCGGGCCCAGCUCAAAGGCAGCGCCCAGGGGGCGUGGCCCCAACACCCUCUCGAGCGCAGGGAGAGACUCUUGGCAGGGUUUCCUAGACCUCGAGGUGCUCGUGGGGUGUCAGGAGAAGCCAGGCUGGGUGCCCAGGGCCGCUCCUUGCUCCCCCUGGUCCCGAGGGGUCAGAGUCCAGCUGCUCUCGGCAGCCAUGGCCAGG